AUGUCUCGAUGUAUAGGCGACAAAAGUCUCAAGCAAUACCGCCAUUUCGGUACAGACACUUGGAUUCCCAUAGAUGAUUGCAUCAUACCAGACCCUGAGAUAAAGGAGCUCUUGCUCACGAAGCAGCACAAGUUUCUGGUGAUUGCCAGCGAUGGAUUAUGGGCAACCGUGACAAACGAAGCUGUGGCACGGCGUCUCGACACCCUGACGGAAGAAGAGGAUCCGGCAGAAGAGUUGCAGAAGCUCAUUGAUCGACGCGAAGACAACAUCACAAUAGUGGUCGUUGACCUGCGAGUGCAAGCUUGA